AUGGCUGACUUCAAAGAUCACUACGAGGUGGUCAUCUGCGGUGGAGGGCCGGUGGGCUUGUUGACGGCCUACGGCCUGCAACGUAUGGGUAUCGAAACCUGUGUCAUUGAACGACUCGAAAAGCACAAGCUGCCCAUGUACGGCCGCGCGUGUACAAUGCUCCCCCGCACCUUGGAAAUGCUCGACCAGUACGACCUUCUCACGCGCCUCAAUCAAGUGGGCUUCGUGUCCAGGAGUGCCGUCAAUUAUGAUAAGGACGGGAAUAGAGACAGCAGGCGGGGUAUGCGGCAUGUCUUUGACGCCAUGCAAGGGCAUACCUUUGUGGAUUAUAUGCUCAACAUCCGAUUGAAAUACACGGAGGACAUUGUGAAGGAGGAGUACGAGAGAAUUGGUGGAAUCGUGGCCGGGGGAUGGGAGGUGGUGAAUUUGACCAUACCGACGGACCACACCGAUCCUGAGAACACUCACGCACGUCCUGUCAAGAUUGAGGUAAAGAAUGCUAAUACUUCAGAGACGCGGACACUUGCUGGAGAGUACCUCGUUGGGGCCGACGGUUCCCGCUCCAUUGUCCGCCACCUCUCCGGCAUCUCGUCGACAACAGACAGCACAGCCCUCCGCUGGGUGCGCAUCGACGGGGUCGUGGAGACGGACAUGCCAGACUCCCGGGAAGGCUUUGCGACUCUGGAAUCGCCCACGCACGGCAACGUGCUGUGGGCGGCUCUAGACCACGGCCGUUCGAGGGUGGGAUUCGCGCUUUCGCGGGAAAUGAUGGCGAGAUAUGGCGAGACCAUGACACAGGGACAGGCUGUCGAGGAAGCGAAACUGGCUCUCCGGCCGUUUGCUCUCGAGUUCAAGUGCGUGGAUUGGUAUACUGUAUACAAGUCUUUUUCUUGGUAUGGGCAUUGGAUCGCGGGCUGGUAUCUACACAACGCUGACCCGGAGACCACCAAACCAAACAGCGUGCGACACUCCGUGGCCGACACCUUCGUGAAGAACCGGAUCUUCCUCGCCGGCGACGCCUGCCACAGCCACUCGUCGGGGACCGCGCAGGGCAUGAACACGGGCGUCCACGACGCCUUCAACCUGGCGUGGAAGCUUGCCGGGGUACUGAAGGGGUGGUAUCGCGCCUCGAUUUUGGAGACAUACGACAGCGAACGGCGGCCCGUCGCCCAGCACCUGAUCCAGCUGGACAAGAUCUUCUCGGCCCUGAUCUCUGGGACUGUGCCCGAGGAGCUGGCCGUCGCGGGGGGACUCUCGUCGACGGACCCGAGCGUGCUGUUCACCAAGGCGCUGGAAGAGAACGUCCAAUUCAACAUCGGGCUGGGCAUCCGGUACGGCGAGAACACGCUGAACGUGGCCACGAAGUCGGCCUCGGUGCCCUGUGGCUGGCGCGCGCCCGACGUCCUGGUCCACGCGCCCGGCGCGAGGAUCCCCACGAGGCUGCAUACGGUGAUGAAGAACGUGGGUCUGUUCUGGGUGCUCGUGUUUGCCGGCGAGCCGGCUUUGACCGGUCAGAAAGUGAAGGCGCUGAGAGGAUAUAUCGACGGCGACGGCAUGAAGCGCGUUCUCACCAGGCGCCGCCACCGCCGCCGCGGCGAUGGCGCUGCCGUCGUUGCCGCGAACGACUCCAAAGGCCAAGGCGAAGCCGAAUGCGACAGAGUGCGCCUCGUGACCAUCAUCGCCGGGAACAAACCCCAGGCCGACGAGGCGCUGGGCGCGGCCCGGUUCGGCGAUGCAUACUACGACCACGACUCGAUGGCGCACGCACGGUAUGGGGCCAGCGUGGGCAGCGGCGCCGUGGUCGUGGUCCGCCCGGACGGCAUCGUGGGCUUUGCGGCGCCGCUGGACUGCGGGCCCGAUCUGGGUGCGUACUUUGCGAGGUUCCUGACGUAG